UCCAUCCUGCUGUUUGAAGCUACCCGGCCUGCAUUAUUGUCUACGGCCUCUUCGCACCGAGGUCUUCUCACGGGUUUUUCAUCUUUCCCUCAAUUCGAUCUUGAGCAGGUCUCCAACAGCAUACCGGCACUCGCGUAAACUAGGAUCAACAACCAUCCUUCCUCUCACCUCCGAACAAUCUCUCCGACUAUCCCUUAUCUUGGAGCUUCUCUUCUGUGACGCACGGUUCUCGACUUCUUUUCGCAACCGCUUCAGCAGUUUCAUUCUUUGAAAAAAUGUCGAGCCAGCCACUUCUUCAAACCGCUCCAGGCAAGCGUAUUGCGCUCCCCACCCGUGUUGAACCCAAGGUCUUCUUUGCCAAUGAGCGGACCUUUCUCUCCUGGCUCAAUUUCACUGUCAUCUUAGGCGGACUGGCGGUCGGUCUGCUGAACUUUGGCGACCGCAUCGGUCGCAUCUCCGCGGGUCUUUUCACGAUCAUCGCGAUGGCGGCCAUGAUCUAUGCACUGGUGACGUUCCACUGGCGGGCACAGAGCAUCCGUCGGCGGGGGCAGAGUGGCAUCGACGACCGGUUCGGGCCGACCGUGCUAGCCGUCUCGUUGCUGGCAGCCGUGGUUGUCAACUUCAUCCUGCGUGUCAAGGAGGGAGAUUUCUAACCCAAUUCUCACAUUCGGACAAUCGGGUGAUCUAUAGACUUGACAGCAUGAACCCACGGGUUUUUCUUUUUCGAUGGCGGUUUUUCUACCAACCUACCAAUUCUCAACAGCCUACCCUACCUAUCAGCCUAUGCAGUCUCCGACAGUGUGAUGAAUAUGGUGGCUUGGAAGUGGACGGAUACUAGCCAUUGGACUCACAAAAGACAAGCGUCUAGUGCUACCAUGGCGAUUUUGAUUUUCAGGAGUCGGUCUUUAGGGGGUUCUUUUUUUUUCCUUUCACUUUUUGGAUUCCCUGAAAUGUUUCCAUCAGGGCUGAUGUAUCAUGAGAAUGUACCAUUUCUAUGAGUUUGACACGGUCUGUCCAUUCGAUCCAAUCUAAUUGAGCA